UUAGUCCAUUCAGUUCAGUCAGUCAGCCCAGUCAGUCAGUCAGUCCAGUCAGUCCUGUCAGUCAGUCAGUCGGGGCCAUGGCCGCCGUCCUGUCCUACGAGAGCCUGGUCCACGCCGUGGCCGGCGCUGUGGGAAGUGUGACCGCAAUGACGGUGUUUUUUCCUUUGGAUACAGCAAGACUUCGACUCCAAGUGGAUGAGAAACGUAAAUCCAAGACCACGCAUACAGUGUUACUGGAGAUAAUUAAAGAAGAAGGCCUCCUGGCCCCCUACCGAGGGUGGUUUCCAGUCAUUUCCAGCCUCUGCUGUUCAAACUUUGUCUAUUUCUACACUUUCAACAGCCUCAAAGCGGUCUGGGUCAAAGGUAAACGUUCGACCACGGGAAAGGAUCUAGUUGUUGGAUUUGUUGCAGGGGUGGUAAAUGUACUCCUGACCACUCCGCUAUGGGUGGUAAACACCCGCCUGAAACUCCAGGGCGCAAAGUUCAGGAAUGAAGACAUUGUGCCAACAAACUACAAAGGCAUUAUGGAUGCAUUUCAUCAGAUCGUGCGAGAUGAAGGGGUCCUGGCUUUGUGGAAUGGAACAUUCCCGUCAUUACUCUUGGUCUUUAAUCCUGCCAUCCAGUUCAUGUUCUACGAAGGAUUAAAGCGACAGCUUUUAAAGAGGCGGAUGCAGCUUUCUUCUUUAGAUGUGUUCAUCAUUGGAGCGAUAGCCAAAGCAAUUGCUACUACAGUCACGUAUCCCAUGCAGACAGUGCAGUCAAUCCUGAGGUUCGGGCAUCACAGACUAAAUCCAGAGAAUCGAAGAUUAGGAAGGCUUCGGAACAUUCUGUAUCUACUGCAUCAGCGUGUGAGGCGAUUUGGAAUAAUGGGACUCUACAAGGGCCUGGAAGCCAAACUCCUGCAGACGGUCCUCACUGCUGCGCUCAUGUUCCUUGUGUAUGAGAAACUGAGUGCAGCUACCUUCACAGUUAUGGGACUGAAGAGCGGGCACAAGCGCUGAGCGAGCCCCCUGGCAUUCUCGAAAUACGCAGAGGAACAGUCUGAAGUUUCCAUACCCGAGGGAAGGUAGCUGGGCUGAAAAGGAAGAUGCGUGCUUGUACCUUCUUCCUCUUUCUGCUUCCAUCCCAGAUUGCCGCAUGUAUCGGCUCGAUAAGCACUCUAUGGGAGACUUGCAGGCCGGCGGACGCGUUGUCAACCCUCCCGGGAUGCUUUGUUUGCCUUGUUGACUUUUGUGGACUGAGGGUCUUAAGUAAUGGAAAACCUUAUUAAAAACCCGUAAAUCUGUUUGCUAUUCGUGA